AUGGCCUUGCGUACUGCUUUGCUGCGAUUCAACAGGGUGUCCCGUGUAGCUUCCCAUGCCCGUGCCCUAACUCCCCAUGCCACGCGUUCUGUCGCAGUCGCCCAAAGUGCACCAUUAGCGUUUGCACGUGCAUUCAACACGUCCAUCCGUGCGUGUGGCCAAGGCGAGUCGGACAGCGACUUAAUUUCGAGCCUCGAGCAGGAGAUCCUGUACGAGAAGGAGGCCACGCAGACUGAUGAAACGGACGGCAAUGCUUCUUCUUCUCAUGCUUGGCUUGAUGACUUCAAGAAGGACGGGAUUUGGAGCAUUGAGGAUAAGUCGGGCUCUGACGAAAUUGCCUUGACGCGCGACUUUGGCAACGAGCACAUCCGCGUCCUCUUCAGCAUUGGCGAAAUUGACACGACGGACCCUGCGAAUGAGAUUGAGCAAGAGGAUGCGGACUUGAGUGCGUCUGGUGAGCAGGAGUACGAUGCGACGUUCCCCGUCCGCUGCGCGAUUAGCAUCACAAAGCGUGGCCAUGGCUCGCUGAACAUUGAUGCCCAGGCGCAGGAUAGCCAGUUUAUGAUUGAGAACGUUACAUUCUAUAAAGAUGACGUACUUGCCACGGAGCUCACUGCCGAAGCCGACUGGAAGCGCCGUGGUCUGUACAUGGGCCCGCAGUUCGAAACGCUGGACGAAAACGUACAGGCGCAGUUUGAGAGUUACUUGGCGGAGCGUGGUAUUUCCACCAAGCUUGCCAUGUUUAUCCCCAACUUUGCUGAAAACAAGGAACAGCGCGAGUACUGCAGCUGGCUCGAGCAUGUCAAGACGUUUGUAGCUGCGUAA